CCGCACUCACGCAGACGAGAGCAAGCACAGGCAGCAAGCGAGGUGAAGAGGCAAGGGGGAGAACAAUACAGAGACAGAGAGACAGAGAAGGCGUGGGUGGGUGUGAAAGAGGGUGAGUAUGGACAAGCGGAGCAAGAAGCGCAAGUCGCUCGCCUUGGGCUUCUCCCGUGGCCGUGGCACCGUCUCGUCUUCUUCGGCAGCCGCCGCUGCUGCGCCUGUGACGCAGAACUAUCCAUACUCUCCAUUUUCAUCAUCGCUGCGGACGCAGGGCUUGUUUGUGGAAGCCAAGCAGAGCAACUCGUGGGCUCAAGUCAUGGUCGUCGGAUCGCAUAUGCCAUCGGGAAGAUAUGGUCACUCAUCGGCGCUCUACGCCGGACACAUGUUUGUCUUUGGUGGCUUCAACUCGGAAGUCGGGACGCUCAAUGACAUGCAUGCCUACUCGCUUGAGGCCUGCAAGUGGACGCCCAUAACCUACGCCUCGCGAUCGGUGCCCUCGCCGCGGUUCUACCACGCGUCGCUGGUCGAUGGCGAGUCCAUGUACAUCUUUGGCGGCUUGCAUGUGGCCGACUCGUCGGCAUCGGCGCCCGAGUUCUGUGACGAUCUCUGGCGGUUCUCCUUCCGCACCCUCAAGUGGAAGCGGAUCAAGGCGACGGGCCACCUCCCGCACGGCCGGCACAACGCAACGCUGGUGGCGUACGAGUGGCCGCGCGGCUCGAUGGAGCUGCUCGCGCCACUCGACCUGGAGACACCCGAUGUGGCGCUGGCGACGGCCGUCGCUGCUGCUGCCGCCUCCAAGUCGGCCAUGCGGAGCGUGUCUUCAGCAGUGGACAUUCCCGGGAUGGCGGCAAGGGUGGCGCGCGAGGUGCCCGAGCCCGGGCCAGGUGCUGCCUCGUUCGACCGCGCCACCCCGCCGUCGCCUGUGGUGAGCGGCGCGGCGCUCGGCGAGUCGGACUCGCCGGCAUCGCCGCGAACAGGCUCGCCGGCGUCGGCGGCCGACGAGCCGGUUAGCCGGACUCGGUCGCGAGCAGCGUCUGGAUCAUCGGUCUCGUCGGCACAGGGCGCGUCGGUGAGCGGCGCCGGAGUCUCCUCCAAGUUUCUCUACCUGUUUGGCGGCUACGGCCAGCGGUCGGCGCUGAUGUACCGGUUCGAGGUGGCGAGUUGCGAGUGGCGGAUUGUGCUGACAAAAGGCCCUUUCUGGCUGUUUGGUGGACGUGACGGCAAGAUGAUUGUCAACGACGUGUACUGCUUUGACCUCGCGACGUCGACCUGGUCCAAGCGCGACGUGGUCGGCGACGUGCCGACGCGGCGGUUCGGUCACUCGACGCUUGUCCAGGGCGGGUACAUGUAUGUGUUUGGCGGCGUCGACAAGGACGGGACGUGCUCGGAUCUGUUCCGGUUCUCAUUUGACGUGACCAAGACGGGCCAGCACGAGUGGGCACGGCUCAUCUGCCGCGGGCACACUCCGUCGGGCCGUUACUACCACACAGCGGUCAUGACGUCGUCGCAGUCGAUGCUGGUGUUUGGCGGGUACUCGGACCAUGCCGUCGACAAAAAGCUCGCCUUUCUCAACGACGCUUACGCCAUCUGGAUCGACCCGAUUGUGGUCCCGCCAUCGUCGCUCGCCUUUGACCUGACCGCCAUGCUGCUCUCCGGCGCAUGGGCCGACGUCAUCCUCCGCGCUGGUGGGCGGUCGUUUCCGGCCCACCGUGUGGUGCUCGGCGCGCGGUCACCAGUCUUCUCGUACCUGUUUGAGCUGGCCGAAGCUUCGUCGACAGCGGCGGUGGCCAAGCUGCAGGCCAAGCUGCGGGCAGUGGUCCACCAACUCGCGCGCGGGGUGGCCGAGGCCUCGGUCGACGAUCCGAUGGCGGCGUAUCGUGACGCGUGGGCGCCGCCAUCGGCGCGCUCGCUGCUCUCAGCGACCUCGAUUUCGUCGUCGUCGGACGCGCUCGACGAUGCCAUGUGGGAGCCGCGCCCGCCUGGACUCACCAAGGCCAAGUCUUCCAAGGCUGGCGCAAAUGCGGCAGAGGUCACGCUCGACGACGAUGGCGGGCGUGGCGAGUGGGUGUCGGCCGAGUCGUCGGCCGAGCUUGGAGCGUCUGCGAUCGGCUUUGGCGCCUCGUCGGGCUCAUCGGUCGAGUUUGUGUCUGGCACAGGGACAACCGGAACCGACGGUGGUGGCGGCGGAGGUGGGUGGCGGCGGCCGCUAUUUGACGGCGAGCGAGCCGGGCUUGGCAGCCUCGGCACCGUGCCAGAGCACGCGUCGCUGUUUGACCCAGUCUUUGCAGCGCACGUCCACACGCCUGCGCCGCUGCUCUCGUCGUCUGUUGGCGCUGAUGCUGCAGACGAAGAGGAAGAGGCGCUCGAGGCGCCGAUCAUGGAGUUUCUCGAGUCGGUGGAGACCGCGAGCGCGGCCGAGACCGAGUCGGGCAAGACCGAGGUGCUGUUUACGACGAUGGCGCCGAAUGCGUUUGCAGUCAUGCUACAGUUCAUGUACCUUGACACGCUGCAGCACGGGCUCGGGCUCGACGUCAUGGUCUCGCUGCUCGAGUUUGCCGACCUGUGCCUCCUCCCGCGGCUCAAGUUCAUGUGCAUGGCCGAGCUGCGGCAGCGGAUCGAGCUCGCCAACGUGACACGGAUCCUGCUAGCGGCCGACGCGCGAUCGGCGCACGCGCUCAAGGCAGCAUGCCUCGCCUUCAUCGCCGGGCACCUCGACCAGGUUCGUUCGCACGCCUCGUUUGCCGAGCUCAUUCAGAACCCAGACCUGCUGUUCGAGGUCACCCACAUGGUGGCCGACCGCGUCACUUGCUCGCCGACCCGGCAGCGGUUCGGCUCGGCGUCGAUGGCCGGGCCGAGCGAGUAA